AUGUACCGCCUGACGAAUCGCCCUCAGUGCCCAAAUGAAUUACUGUUACGAUUGCGUGCAGCUACAAAUGGACAAAUUAUUUUGGUACGGUAUUCACAAUUCGUUGUUUGCGAGAGACUGCUGGACUACCGACUCAACAUAGGAAAUAUUGUUUUUGGGAAUGGCUUCAACGGCAAAAAUUACGGCACUUGGUAUGACAGCCAGGCUUCAAAGAGUGACUGUUUCAUUUUAGUGGCGAACGACUUGGCGGACAGUCAAAUGUGUCCAUUCCAAACCAGUUCUGAAAAGAAAUGUGAAGAAGGAGGCGGAUGGUGGCGAAAACACUGCCAACAAAAAGGUGUACUCACGGCAAUGAACAAAGCGCAAGGAGCAUAUCCUGGACUUGUCUGGAACGGACAGCGUCUUUCGGCUGUGCAAAUGCUUAUUCGACCCCGCGGUUAUAUACCUCCUCAAAAAAAGCCAACAAAAUUUUGA